UAAAAAAUAAAAAUAUACUCGAACAAGGUUUAUCACGGUCUUUACAAAUACAUUGAUUACAAACUUAUUCCGAAUAGGACACAGUCUUGUAGCAAAAAAAUUUAGUACUCCUUUCGCCCCACAAUUAUUGUCUUGUUUUAAUUUUCAUUUCUAGUUCAAAUUGUACUAAAAGUGAAAUUUCAAACUGGACAAUAAUUUUGGGACGGAGGGAGGGAGUAUUUCGAUUACAAUUCCCACACUUUUAACAUAUAUUUGGAGAGAGUAAUGCAGACUUGCGUAUUCCCAUUUCCUAACUGUCAUUUUUUUUUUCUCCGUCUCUCUCUUUUUAUUUUUUCCCUCUAAAAUCUCUGUUUCCUGUUCUACCACAACCGCCACUUCAACUUCCACUCCACCACCACAACCGCCAGCGCCCGGAAAAAAUGUCAGCCCCUCCUUCACCACCCCGGGAAGACAUUCUCCCCACAACAACCACCUCUGCCUCACCCGACCCACAUGCCCGAACCUCAAAAAAACGUUCCAAAUUCCCAACUCUGUCUAUUCCGAAUUGGGGCGGAGUCCGAUUGGUUCCCUUCAUUAUCACCAUCGUAAUCGGUCUAAUCCUCAACUUCGCCGUCCCGAAACCGCACAAGCUCUCGAGAAAAGCAUGGCAGCUUCUCGCCAUAUUCCUCACCACCAUCUCCGGCCUAAUCCUCAGUCCCCUGCCUGUGGGUGGUUGGGCGAUUUUCUGCUUAACUUUAGCCGUCAUAACCAAGACCUUAACAUUCGCUCAGGCGUUUUCGGCCUUCACCAAUGAAGUUAUUUGGUUGAUUGUGAUUUCCUUCUUCUUCUCCCGUGGGUUCGUUAAGACUGGGCUUGGGGAGAGGCUGGCUAUGGCGUUUGUUUGGUUGCUUGGGAAGAAUACUCUGGGUUUGUCUUAUGGGCUGGUUAUUAGUGAGGCUUUGAUUUCUCCGGCCAUGCCCAGUAGCACCGCCAGAGCCGGCGGUAUAUUUCUGCCGAUUAUCAAGUCACUUGCUGAGGCUAAUGAUAGCUUUCCUAAAGAAGAAUCGGCCAGAAAGUUGGGUGCCUUUCUGAUUCAGUCUCAAUUGCAGUCUUCCAGUAGCUCUAGUGCUCUCUUCCUGACUGCAGCAGCCCAGAACCUUUUGUGCCUGAAAUUCGCAGACGCUCUUGGGGUUCAUAUUUCAAAUCAAUGGGUUACCUGGUUCAAAUUUUCUUGCAUACCUGCACUCAUUACCUUACUUUGUACCCCGAUUAUAGUGUACAAAAUCUUUCCUCCUAAAUUGAAACACACACCUGAUGCUUCUGUCAUGGCAAAGGAGAAACUGAAUCAGAUGGGUCCUUUGAAGAGGGAAGAAUGGUUUAUGCUUGGGUCCAUGCUCAUAACAGUUACUCUAUGGAUUGCCGGAAAGGCUCUUGAUAUAUCUAGUGUAAUAGCUGCCCUGCUUGGUCUGUCAUUACUUCUGCUGUUGGGGGUGCUUAAUUGGAAUGAUUGUUUGAGUGAAAAGUCAGCGUGGGAUACAUUGACAUGGUUUGGGGUUCUAGUGGGCAUGGCCAGCCAAUUAACAGCUCUUGGUGUUAUUCCAUGGUUGUCAGAUCGUGUUGCUCAUUUACUCACAGCUCACUCAAUACAUCAGUUUGGUGCAUUUGCUAUCCUUCAGCUGGCAUAUUUCGUCAUACACUAUCUCUUUGCAAGUCAAACAGCCCAUGUUAGUGCUCUAUACUCUGCAUUCCUUAGUAUGCAUCUGGCCUCAAAAGUACCCAGCCGAGUGGCUACUUUUGCCUUGGCAUACAACACAAAUCUUUUUGGUGCAUUGACACAUUACAGCAGUGGCCAGGCUGCCGUCUACUAUGGAGGUAAUGGUUUUACCAGUGUAACAAUUAAUUGGAAUCAUAGAACCAAGACGAUACUUCUCGAAACUUUGCUAAUAUGUAGAUUUUUUACACGUUUUAUCAUCUUAUGGUGGAAUCAUAUCUAGCAAGUUUAGCUAACAUUAACAUGAUGCACCCUUCCAUCACCAUAAAUUAACAGGUCGAAUGACAUCAUGAGAAUAUCUAUCUCAGUAAAUUUCAUUAAUUUUAGACACGAGCUAUCCACAAAUAGUUCCCAUUUUUCAGUCAUUAUUAGUCCAUUUCAAGAGCAUAUUUGAUAAGUUUGUAUGGUUCAAGAUCCAUUCUUAGCGAGGGGGCUUAUUAUUUGAGAAAAGUAUCUUGAUACUGUCAGAUUUUGACUUCUUGAUCAACAUUUUCUGAUACAAUUUUUUCGAGAUCAGAACUCUUUUGAAGGGAUCAACUUUUCUUCUUGUUUGUUAAAUUUUUCUUGAGCCAACGUCAUCUCUAGGAUCCUGAAGUUCGUUUUUAUUUUGUUUGGCAGCUGGUUAUGUCAAACUAAAGGACGUUUUUAAGCUUGGCAUUGUCUUGGCUGUGUUUAACAUUGUGGCAUGGGCGUUACUUGGAGCAGCUUGGUGGAAGAUUUUGCAUCUGUACUGAUACUAACACUGGUAAGUUCAUUUUUUUUCUCAUCUCAUUCCGUUUUCAUAAGACAUCCAAUGGGUAGUCCUUGUCAAGUUUGGAUCUUCAAAGCUCAAUAAGAAAAAUCAAGAAAGGCAUCCUAUUCUGGAUGAACUGCUAGUAGUUAACAACUGCAACGCAUACUCACAUAGGUAGAAGUACAAAUGCUUUAUCUAGAUUCAUUCAACACUAUCUUGGACUUCAUUGUGUAUAUUCCAGGAAGCUGAUCAAAUGAUCAGUGAGCAAUCUCCUCAACUAAGCGAUUCUAAGUAUCUUCGGGCUUGUAUUGCACUUACCAAAGGAUGGAAAGAUCGUGUUGCUGAUAGAAACGUGAUCAAUGGUUUCUUUACACUCUACUAGAACUUAUAGAGGAUAUACAGUACUUUUUUGGGAAGAUACAAAACAUCAACUGUAAUUACCUCCUCCUGCUAGUUUUGUUUUACAGAUUUAAGAGUGUUAACCUACACGGUUGUAUUUCUGAUGCUGCACUUUAUUACAUUAACAAUUGUAAAUAAGAAAUAUUUUCGGUUUUUAAUUUUGCACUUAGCAAUCUCAAUCUUUUCUUUGAAC